AGCAAAGCCCUCGGUAUGGUCUUGUUGACCUUUAUCAUGGGGCCCCCGCUUAACUCUCCAGCCUGAAUAUUUGGGGCAUCCUCACUCGAAAAUUACAGUCCAGUCUUGCGAAAUACUGACACACCAGCUGGUUUUUCAGCUGGUCUGGAAUCUCUUGGUUCAGGUUCCUCCAGAGAGAAGACUUCAGAUGUAGGUAGUUUAUCCGGGACGUGAUCUCGAGAAACACCGGGAGGGAAACCGGAAAAGGUGGCAGUGUGAAGCCACCGACCACCGUGAGCCAUCAGAGCUGAGCCCUCCGGACGCAGUGUAAAGCAUGCCUCACAUUGUCCCGACUGAGGGCAAGGAAGUGGUGGCAUUUGACGCCCUCCUCCCCAUCCGUCACCGGGUGACAGCCGCUUCCAGGGGCAUCGACUCCAAGGUGUUGCAGCUUGCCCAGCGUGUGGGCGGGGCAGCUCCCGCAGCGAAAACCAAGCCUUCCGGCAGAGAGCUGCAGGUAGUUGCAGAUGGCAGCCUUCGGGGAGAGGUCUGUGCCAGGAGGGCGAGGGUGGGGCACCAACCACGUUCCAGCACCCUAGCUCUGGAGCAGAGCUGUUCAACAGAAAUAAAAUGCAUGCCACGUGGGCACUUUCAAGUUUCCCGAUAGCUACAGUCAAAAAAGUAAAAACCAGGUAAAGUUUAUUUUAAUAGUAUAUCUUAACAGAUCCAAAAUACUGUAAGUUCAGCAUGUAAUCAAUAUUUUUUAAACUGCUGAUGAGGCUCGCCUGGGUGGCUCAGUCGGUUAAGCGUCCAACUUCGGCUCAGGUCAUAAUCUGACGGCCCGUGAGUUCGAGCCUCAUGUCAGGCUCUCGGCUGACAGCUCAGAACCUGGAGCCUUCUUUGAAUUCUGUGUCCUCCUCUCUCUCUGCCCCUCCCCUGCUCACACACUCUCUCUCUCCCCUGCCCACAAAAACUAAACAUUAUUUAAAAGAAAAGACAUGAAAAAAUAAAAUUGCUGAUGAGAUAUUUUACAUUUUCCUUUCAUGCUUAGCCUUUGAAAUCCGAUGUGCGUUUUAUACUUACAGCACAUCUCAGUUUGGACUAGCCAGGUUUCAAUGCUCAGUGGCCACACGAGGCUGGUGGCUGCCAUAUCGGACGGCACAAUUCUAGAAUGUUCUUUCCUUGUGCCUUUGUGAGACAAAUACCUACCUUCCCUCAAGACCCAGCCAGUGGCUCCUUCAGGAGGUACCCUCCCAGCUCUCACCCCACCUUGGGGUGAGGUUCUGUUCCAUGCAGCACUCUUGUAGAGCUGGUGACGUCACCUUUAUCCAAGUGUGGUUUGGGCGUCUGUUCAUCCAUCUCCUCUGCAGGAUUCCAUCAUGGCUGCAGGGCACUCUGCUUCGCAAUGGGCCCGGAAUGCACACAGUGGGGGAGACCAGAUACAACCACUGGUUUGAUGGCCUGGCUUUGCUCCACAGUUUCACGAUUAGAGACGGUGAAGUCUAUUACAGGAGCAAAUACCUGAGAAGUGAUACCUACAAUGCCAACACCAAGGCCAACAGGAUUGUGGUGUCAGAGUUUGGAACGAUGGCCCAUCCAGACCCCUGCAAAAACAUAUUUUCUAAAGCUUUUUCCUACUUGUCCCAUACCAUCCCUGAUUUCACAGACAACUGCCUGAUAAACAUCAUGAAGUGUGGAGAAGACUUCUAUGCGACCACAGAGACCAAUUACAUCAGGAAAAUCAACCCACAGACUCUGGAAACCCUGGAGAAGGUGGAUUAUCGCAAUUACGUGGCGGUAAAUCUGGCAACAUCGCAUCCUCAUUAUGCGGCUGGAAAUGUUCUUAAUAUGGGCACAUCCAUCAUGGACAAGGGGAAGACAAAAUAUGUGAUCUUUAAGAUCCCUGCCACAGUACCAGAGGACGCGAAGGGGAAGAACCCGUUGAAGCACACAGAGGUGUUCGGUUCCAUCACCUCCCGCUCGCUCCUCUCCCCGAGCUAUUACCACAGCUUCGGAGUCACCGAGAACUACAUUGUUUUCCUCGAGCAGCCUUUCAAGCUGGACGUCCUCAAGAUAUCAACUGCGUACAUCCGGGGAGUGAACUGGGCUUCCUGCCUGGCUUUCCACAGGGAGGACCAGACUUACAUUCACAUCAUCGACCAAAGGACUGGGAAGCCCGUGCCGACCCAGUUUUACACGGACCCCGUGGUGGUGUUUCAUCCCGUCAACGCCUACGAAGAGGACGGCUGCCUUGUGUUUGACAUCAUCGCCUACGAGGACGGCAGCCUUUAUCAGCUCUUCCACUUGGCCAACCUGAACCAGGACUUUGAGGAGAACUCCAGGCUCACCUCCAUUCCCACCCUCCGGAGGUUCGCCGUGCCCCUCGAUGUGGACAAGAAUGCAGAAGUGGGAUCAAAUGUAGCCAAACUGGCAUCCACAACGGCAAGAGCCCUGAAGGAAAAAGACGACCGAGUGUACUGCCAGCCGGAGCUGCUUUAUGAAGGCUUAGAGCUGCCUCGGAUCAAUUAUGCUCCCAACGGGAAGCCCUACCGCUAUGUGUUUGCGGCCGAAGUUCACUGGAGUCCCAUCCCAACCAAGAUCCUGAAAUAUGACGUUCUCACAAAGUCAUCCUUAAAAUGGGGACAGGAGCACUGCUGGCCAGCAGAACCCCUGUUUGUCCCCAUGCCGGGUGCCAAGGACAAGGAUGACGGAAUUAUCUUAUCGGCCAUCGUCUCUACCGAUCCCCAGAAGCUUCCUUUUCUGCUUGUUCUGGAUGCCAAAAGUUUCACAGAACUGGCUCGUGCGUCCAUUGACGCAGAGGUGCACCUGGAUCUCCACGGGUUAUUCAUCCCGGACGCAGACGGGGACGCAAGGGAGCAGGCCCCUUCCCAGGAACAGCCGGACAGGGUUCCAGACUGCCAGGUGGCCCCACGGACCUGAGUGGGUUGGGCCUGUGGGCUCGCUUCCUCUCUGGGCGAAGGGGGACCCUUCAUUUCCCUUUGCACUUAUGCUUUCUGCGGUGACUUUGAGACACAGGUAUGGAAAUAGUGUCUUUUCUUUCAUCUUAUUUUGGCCCUAAAACCAUUGUUUGAAAGUGGAUCAAAUAUGUAUUGAUUAGCUUAAGCAUUUCCAAGAAAGGCCUUUUCCUUUCUUAUAAAACCAUGCCCAGAAAUUGUAUUAAGGCACAUAAUCAUCCUUCUUAGAAUGAGCAACCACUGAUGUACCAGAGAAGAGGCAGGUAACUAUUUGUCAUUGCUCCUUCCUCCUGCCCCUCGUCUCUCUCUUUCCAGUAGACUAGACUGUGCAUCUGGGAGAUCUGGAUUUCUCAACCAUGCGUUGUUAGUAAUAUCUGUGGCCAGGAAGGCAUAUUGCCUUGUGGUCAUUCCAUGCAAGGCAUGGCAUAAUAUAAAAUAACAAAAGUGUUAAAGUCUGUUCCAACCUUAUUUAAUUUUUACGUGGCUUCUUUUCUCUGAAGUUCUUCUAAGGCAAUAAAAUAGAGUGCAGUUCGUAGCCAGCCAGAUGCCCCAGUACAACAGAUUGGGACAGCAGAUUGGUGUGGCAGUCCCUUUGCAGGAGAGGGUUAAGGAGCUGGAUGGUGACCCAACUAGCCAUGGCCAAGGGGCUAGAAUCCAGGACCAAGGCCCAGGCCAGGGCUGGCAUGAGGAGUUCUUGCCUAAUGCUGAGAACCAGGGCAGGGAGCCCUGCCAGCUGGGAUUCCACCCUUAUUCUGCACCUGCCUCCUCUCCUAAAUCUGGAUUUCACGCAGUCACCAGUAGAGAUUCAGUAACAUGUAUUGAGACAGGAAGGAAUGAAUCUCUAGUGACAUUGCAUGGAAUACCCCAGAGCGGGCAGAGCUCUGAAGGAUGGUCUGGACUUUUACCCUGCAAAAACACCAUGAAGCCAUACUUAGCUCCCACUGAAAUGUAGGGUCCAUCAGGUCUGGGGGUUGGGUUUUGUUUUGGGGGUGUUUUUUGGACAUUUUUAUUUAAAUAAUUGAAGAUUCAUGUACGCGUGUAAGAAAUAAUACAAAAGAGAUCCCUCGUGGACUUUACCCAUUUUUUCCAAUGGUAACAUUAUAGUAUAGUUAUCACAACCAGGAUAUGACAUUGAUUCAGUCCAUAGAUCUUUUUCAGAUCCCCCCAGUUUUAUUUGUAUUCGUUGGUGUGCAUGCUUAGUUCUACGCAAUUUUAUCAUGUGUGUAGAUUCCUUAUUCCACCACCAUGAUCAAGAUACCAAAUGGCACAUCAACACAAGGAUUCCGUGGGGUGCUUUCUUAUCACUAUACCUACCUGUCUCCCACCAUGACCUUCCCCCAUCCCUAACCCAUGGCAACCACCAUUUCUAAAAUUUUAUCAUUUGAAAACUGCUGUAUCAAUGGAAUCACCAGUAUUAACUGUGGGAGGUUGACUCUUCUCCACAGAAUCGCUUGCAGAUUCAUCCACAUUGUUCUAUGUUGGGUGUGUUUUGUUCACUACUGUAUCCUCGGCACCUAGAACACUGCCUGGUGCCUCACAGGCUCUCAAUAAUAAAUAUUUGUUGAGUGAU